CGACAUCGGUCUUCGUGGGGUCACAGAUCGCCUUCAUGAGGGUGCUCCAGCUCUUCGCCCCUAUGCAGAAGUUUCUGCCCGAGGUGGAGGAGCCCAGCUCGGGUCAGAAGCGCGUCAUGUUCAGGGACCGUCUGCUGUACACGCUGGUCUGCCUGGCCAUCUUCCUGGUCUGCUCCCAGCUGCCGCUGUACGGCGUGAAGACCACCAGCGGGGCGGACCCGCUGUACUGGGCGCGCGUCAUCAUGGCCUCGUCGCGCGGCACGGUGAUGGAGCUGGGCAUUGGACCCACCGUGACGGCGGGCCUCAUCAUCCAGCUGCUGGUGGGCUCCAAGAUCCUGGACGUGGACACAAACGUGAAGAGCGACAGGGACCUGAUGAAGACCGCCGAGCACGUGCUGGGCCUGCUGAUCACCGUGGGGCAGGCCAUUGUGUACGUGCUGACCGGCAUGUAUGGCGAGCCCAGCGAGGUCGGCACCGUCAACGCCAUCCUCAUCGUGCUGCAGCUAUUUGUGGCUGGCGUGCUGGUGCUGCUCCUGGACGAGAUGCUGAACAACGGGUGGGGCCUGGGCUCCGCCAUCUCCCUCUUCAUCGCCACCAACAUCUGCGAGAGCAUCGUGUGGAAGGCGUUCAGCCCCUACACCCUCAACGUCGGCCGCGGCCCCGAGUUUGAGGGCGCCGUCAUCGCGCUCGUCCACUUCCUCCUCUCACGCACCGACAAGACAAAGGCGCUCAAGGACGCCUUCUACCGCCAGGGCCUGCCCAACAUCAUGCAGCUGCUGGCCACGGUGGCCAUCUUCCUCAUGGUCGUCUACUUCCAGGGCUUCCGCGUGGAGCUGCCCAUCCGGUCCAAGCGCGCGCGCGGCACCAUCGGCGCCACCCAGGCCUACCCCAUCAAGCUGUUCUACACCUCCAACAUGCCCAUCAUCCUGCAGGCACGCCCUGGCCGUGGCCUGGCGGGUGCCGGAGCCGCCUCAGCCCGCGGUGGCCUGCCCCAUGGCUGGGUGGCCUCCCUGCCGUCUGCCCUGGUGUCCAACCUGUACUUCAUCUCCCAGCUGCUCUUCCGCCGCUACGGAGCCAACAUCCUGGUGCAGCUGCUGGGGCGCUGGCAGGCCGACGAGUUCAGCGGGCAGAUGAACCCGGUGGGCGGCCUGGUCUACUACAUCUCGCCCCCCGAGUCCCUGGCCGCCGCCGCCGCCAACCCCGUGCACACCCUCUUCUACGUGGCCUUCAUGCUAGGCAUCUGCGCCAUCUUCUCCAUCACCUGGAUCGAGGUGUCUGGGCAGAGCGCCAACGACGUGGCCAAGCAGCUGCGCGACCAGCAGUUCUUCCUGGCGGGCCACCGCGACACCGUGAGCAGCCUGAAGAAGGAGCUGAACCGGUACAUCCCCACCGCCGCCGCCUUUGGCGGCAUGUGCAUCGGCGCCCUCACCAUUGUCGCCGACUUUUUGGGCGCCAUCGGCUCGGGCACCGGCAUCCUGCUGGCCGUCACCAUCCUCUACCAAUACUGGGAGGCCUACAACAAAGAGAAGGCGCAGAUGGGCGGCGGCCUGUUUGGCUGAGCUGCACUCAAGGAAAGCAGCAGGCCCGCGAGUGCAGACGAGCCGCCAGGCGGAUGCGGAACAGUGGGAGUCGCGGGCGAGCGGGCGGCGCGGGCCGGCGGCAGGCGUGGGCCAGCGCUGUGGUGCUGGCUGCCCGUGAGGAUCCGGCCCCCCCCUCUGGUGCGCCGCGCCAUCAAUGCCACGAAUCAUUAAUGCUGCGUGCCCAUAAUCAAUACCGAUACCGAGCCAUCAUCAAUUGUUUGUUUGUUCGUUUAGUCUGGUGUUAUUCUGUCAGCAAUGUGUGUCACAACAACUUGUGUGAAAAAAUGACCACU